AAAGCGACAGGGCCCAAGGCGUGCUGGUGCUCCACCAGGUACCUCACAGGGGCCGCGGCAGCCCUCAGCGUGCGGCGAGCGCCCGUGACAGCGGCGCUGCGGGGCUCGUGACCCCGGCUCCGGGCCUCUGCCGACCUCUGUGGCGGGGCCGCGUCGCCCGGCAAGAUGGGCGGCGAGGCGGGGUCCGCGGCGGCCGUGGGCUCCGAGGGCCGCGUCAAGAACCUGGGUCUGGUGUUCGAGGACGAGCGCAAGGGCUGUUACUCGAGCGGCGAGACGGUGGCCGGGCACGUGCUGCUGGAGGCGGCCGAGCCGGUGGCCCUGCGAGCGCUGCGCCUGGAGGCCCAGGGCCGCGCCACCGCCGCCUGGGGCCCGAGCGCAGGCGUCAGCGCCGCGACCCCGGCCGCCGCCUCGGAGGUGGAAUACCUGAACGUGCGCCUGAGUCUGCAAGAACCCCCUGCCGGCGAAGGUAUCAUUUUAUUACAGCCUGGAAAACAUGAAUUUCCAUUUCGCUUUCAACUUCCAUCUGAACCUUUGGUCACCUCAUUUACCGGGAAAUAUGGAAGUAUUCAGUACUGUGUGAGGGCGGUUUUGGAACGGCCCAAGGUACCUGAUCAGAGCGUAAAGCGGGAACUCCAGGUUGUUAGUCAUAUUGAUGUCAACACACCGGCAUUAUUAGUUGAGGAACAAGUGGACUAUUCCUUAGCUGUAUACAUUCACAUUCCUGGUGCUAAAAAAUUGAUGAUUGAACUGCCAUUAGUGAUUGGUACAAUUCCAUAUAAUGGUUUUGGCAGCAGAAACUCCAGUGUAGCCAGCCAGUUCAGUAUGGAUAUGAGCUGGUUGACACUGACACUGCCAGAACAGCCUGAAGCACCACCAAAUUAUGCAGAUGUGGUAUCAGAGGAAGAAUUCUCUAGACACAUUCCUCCUUAUCCUCAGCCCUCUAACUGUGAGGAAGAAGUAUGCUGUCCUAUGUUUGCCUGCAUACCAGAAUUCCGGUUCCAACCUCCACCUCUUUAUUCAGAGGUUGAUCCACAUCCUAGUGAUGUAGAAGAGACCCAGCCUGUUUCCUUCAUUCUCUGAAUAGAUUUCAGAAAUCACUGUGUUCAUCAUCAAAUCAGAAUGUUCAUUCUUCUGCCUUUUUGGGAAAGAGGGAGGGAAGAUUCACUUAAGAACGUAAAUGAACAUCAAGACUGAAGGCAAUAGAAAUUAAAGCAUACAAGAACUUUCUAGUGGGUCAACAGGAUCUUUGCACAAGUUUAUAUGAUGGUCGUAUAUCCCUUUUAAAAAAUGGGAUGAAGAUGUAAAAAGUCACAGAAUGUAACGGAAGUCCUGACAGUGAUAGAGUAAGUGAAGGGGUGCCGGCGCUGACCUGAGAAAGGAAUCUGUAAACAGGGGAAACACUAUGGGAGCUUCCCACAGUGUUUUUAAAAGUAUCCUAAACUUAAGGCAAUAUGGACUCAGUGGGAGGAGGCUUGGUUUUGGAGAGUGUAGCAGCACAAGGGUGGGCAUGAAUAGGAAAAUGGCCUACUUUAAAUACAAAGGGAGACCCACAGGUUUCAGGGUCUUCAUGAUUUCUUACCAUAUUACCAUAUUCAGGCCUGAAGUCCUUGAAAGUCUCUUUUCUUGAGAUCAUGGUCAUGUAAGGUCCUAAUGAAGUCAUACAGUUUUCACUCUUUCAAUGGUAGGUUAAAAUGUAGUUUAUAAAUUGGCUGUACAGUACUAUGAGACUAAGAAAUGGCUUCUUGAAAAACUUCUCAGUUGAAAGGGGAAAGAUGAAUUUUAGAAUGAAAACACAUUUUGUUGAAGGCUGUACUUUUCACCCCCUUUAAGUACUUUAACAGGAUAUAUAUUUGGUUUUCCUUACAUCUUAUUUACCUAGGAGCACAUUAGAGAAAGAAAGGGGAUAAAAACGUUGCAUCUUCAGGAUGCCUUGAUAACUACACAGUUGAAAAAAAAAAAAAAGCCUUUCCUAUAUCUACCUCUCGUGGGUUAUCAGAUAUGUUUUUAACACUCUGGGUCAGAUCAGUCUUCUCUGGAGUUUCUGCUAUUUGCAGUAGCAGUCAUCCCCCCGUCACUAAAUCUGAAUCUGGGCCAAGGGAAAAUCCGAAGGUUGGCAUUAAAUGGAAGUAAAUAUAUGUAUAUCAAGGGAAUUUCAAAAUAAAUGCAAAAUCAAAAGAGGGUAGGAACAAUGCCAUUUUUAAAAAAGACACAAAUUUAAUUCCUAUCAAGAGACUUUAGUCUACUGAUGGCAUUCACUGCAUUGUACAUUGUUAUUCCAGUUCUUCAGUAAUUCUGUUUAAACUGUGAUUUUCUUUAUUGUUUUGGUGCAAUAUUUUAUUAUCAUUUAACCUCAGGAUAUUCAGACCAACAGGAUUGUGUUGCUGCUAAAAGUCUGAGCAGUGUUUUUACUGUCUCUGUCUCCCCUCCUAUUCAUGGUCACAUUUUCACUCACUUUUCCUUCCACCUGUUGGUUUUGUGAGCUGAGAACAUUUCUGGACACUAAGUGGAAGGGAGAUAGGGAUUCCCAUGAUAGAGGCUUUAGACCAGCAAGUACUUUGGUUUUCUCCGUGUUCAAUAAGGGUUUGAUCUAGAAACCCUGGUGCUUCCCCUACAGAAUACUGUACUUAAACAGAAUGAUUAAUUUGUCUUUGAAUCAAUCAGUAUAUUCACUUAGAAAUAGAAAAGUUCUUCUAAGGUUAAAUUUUAUAUUUAAAAAUUAGUUGGUCAUUUGAUCAGGGAUUUUUCUACAAACAUUAAGUAAAUGUAUGCUUCUCACCCUUCUGGACAUACCUCCAUUCUCUGUAAUCGCGGAAGCAUUGUGUAUGCACUUCUUGCAUUGUAAUCCACUGUCUAAAAUCACAAUGCAAAGCUAUUAGACCAGUAAUUGUGGUACUGAAAUUGUCACAAAAUUUUAUUCUUGAUUUUAUUUUAGUGAUGUUUUAUUUUGCUUUUCUUGUAUGUGUCUUUACAUAGGUAUGUAUAGUGAAGUGCUGUCUAAACAGUUUUGUUUUUACUUUAGAAAAGACCACCUUCAACUAUUUAUUGACUUCUGAGUUGUAGUUUACAUGCCUUGUCAAGACAUUGUCCAUCUCCAUGAUACCAAAACAAAGUGAAAGAAGCAAACUCAAACAGUAUGGAUGGAGAGAAAGUUUAAUUACUUAAUGGAAUUCUUCACUAGGAUUCUUUAUCACCUUUAUUACAGAAAUCAUGAAGUGCCCCUGUGAAAUUGAAGCAGAGCUAACUUUGUACAUAGUUAAGAGAAUGGCUAAAAGGUGUGACUUGCCUUAUUGAAUUGAUAGUGGUGUAUCUGACCUUAAGCAGUAGGUUGAAACUGCAUACUUUUUUAUAAUCAAGAGAGCAUUUUAUGAAUGUAGAAAAUUCUACAUUGGAACAGAGAAUACCUGGGAAUGAAGAUAAAAAUUUAGCUGCUGUUAUUUGCUUGUUUAUCCCCUCUUGUUCUUGUUUAGUUUGCAGAAAUAAAACUGUGGCCUUAGAAUUUUCUUUUUGAUGCAAAAAUUUUGAAGUUGAAAAUGUGCAUCUUUUGGCACACAAAAUCAUUCCAUGGGCGAAACUUUACUUUUUAUGUUUUUGUUUUGCACAAUAAGAAACUCAAUAGGCAGGGGUUAUGUUUUUGAUAAGUUGACUAUGAAAGCUUUUUUUUUAUUUUUGUUAUUAAAAAUGUUAACAAUUUAACCC